AUGGGGGGAGGCCAUCACCGUAGGCUCUGCUCUACCACACCGGAGUACGAGUUGGAUGCUUUCGAGUUCUUCAGUAUCAUACUUGGGACUUCCUCCAAGAGGCAGAGGCUACUUGACACUUUUAUGACGAUGCUGGACGGCCAUCGGCCAAAGAAUUUCUACCGUGCCUAUGACCUGCGGCACGGAUACUUCCUUCUCUUCAGGUACGACGGUGACGCCAUGCUCACCGUGAGGGUGUUCAACACGACUAUGUGUUGCAUGCGCUACCAGGACAACGAUGAUGCCAGCAAUGGAAGCAGCAGCAGCGACUCUGGCUACAGCCAAAGCAGCAGCGACUCUGGCUGCAGCAAAAGCAGCAACAAGGAUGAUCCAGAAUGGAGUGGGGAAGAAGAGGAGCAGACGCUUAUCUUUUCCAGCACGAAGAGCAUCAUUAUUGGAGUUGCUUGUGGGACGGGCCUUGUACUUUUGGCUCUCAUUGCAUUCCUUGUUUUCAACAAAUUUAAGCAUCGGAGGGCCCAAAUGUUGGAAGGGAAGUAUUUCCAGCGAAACCGUGGGCAAUUGCUGCGACAAUUGGCAUCUCAAAGAGCUGAUGUUUCAGAGAAAAUGAUCAUGACCUUGAAAGAGCUAGAGAAGGCAACAAACAAUUUUGAUCAAGGUCAUGAAAUUGGUAGUGGUGGGCAUGGUACCGUCUACAAAGGGAUUUUGCCUGACCUCCAUGUUGUAGCUAUUAAAAAACCAAAGACGCUAUCUCAAAGGGAGACUGAUGAGUUUAUUAACGAGGCUGCUAUCCUAUCACAAAUUAACCACAAGAAUGUGGUAAAAUUAUAUGGUUGUUGCCUUGAAACCGAAGUCCCAUUGUUAGUCUACGAGUUCAUAUCCAACAGAACUCUUCGUGAUCAUCUUCAUGUUGAAGGACCAAUAUCAUUAUCAUGGGAUGACAGGCUACGAAUAGCAACGGAAACGGCCAGAUCGCUAGCCUAUCUUCACUCAGCAACUUUAAUACCAAUCAUCCAUGGAGAUAUCAAGCCUGCUAACAUACUUCUGGACGAUACUCUAACAACAAAGAUAGCAGACUUUGGAACUUCAAGAUACAUCCCAUUGGAGAAAUCAGGGUUAACAACAAUGGUGCAAGGCACACUAGGAUAUGUAGACCCAGUGUAUUUGCACACAGGGCGCCUCACAGCAAAAAGUGAUGUUUAUAGCUUUGGUGCUCUGCUUAUAGAACUGAUGACUAGAAAGAAGCCAUUUGACUAUAUGGCUAGCGAAGACAAUAUCCUUGUGGAACAUUUUGCUACCUUAUUUGCAGAAGGCAAUUUGUCACUAAUAUUAGACCCACAAGUUAUGAAUGAGGGUGGUAACCUAGUUGAAGAAAUCGCUGGAAUUGCAGUAGCAUGUGUAAAAUUAAGAAGGAGGGAACGACCAACCAUGAGAGAAGUGGAAUUGAGAUUGCAAGUCGCUCGAUCAUCUAAGGGAUUUAAGGCGAAUGUUAAUGCUGUAGUAGAUUCCCCGUUACAUAGAGAUGAAAGAAUCAAAGAGGGGUUGACUAGCAGACAAUAUAGUAUGGAAGAAGAGUAUAUGUUAUCUGCAAGAUAUCCGCGGUAG